GGUUCUCAAAAGAAUGACUUUCAACUAUACGAAAACACCAAUUGACAACGAAUACCAACUAGAUCCAAAAAUGAAAAUUGAUCCAGCUAUAUAGUCUAUAUGCGGGGAAACAAACAUCCUGGGGAAAAACCACAGCUAAAACCGUAUUGCGGGUAUUCUAUGAAGACAUAUUCUGAACAUUCAUAGUUGCACAAAAAUUUUUUUUCCUAUUUUCGAAACAUUCUCAAUUCAUUUUAUUGCUAGUUGAUUUUGCUCAGUGUUCGAUUUAUCAACAACAACAACCUAAACCUAACGACAAUCAACAAGAGCAAAAAAAACGACAAGAUAAAUUGCAAAUUACAAACCUCCUCAAUUAUUAUAUUCAUAAGUGUUCAUCAGAAUAACGAAUCAUCAAUAAUUAUAAGCUCUACAGUGCAUCUUGGAAACGUUUGUGAAUGUUAUCAAAACUUAUGCACAUCACAGAAUCUCAUAAGUGUUUGAUGUAUAUUUGAAUGUGAUUAAUACUGAGCUCAACCAUAUUUGUAUAAUCGAUUGGUAAAACAAGAUGGAAAAAUAUUCUAACCUUCGUAUCGUACACAUUCCAUUAGCUUCGAUCGAUGAAGAUGAUGACGAUGAUAAUGAUAAUACUGCUAAGAAUUAUGAAAACAAAUCUAAAAACAUAAAGGAGGUAAGCACUUUAAAACUGAUGUCGUCAUCACGAUCCGAAGAAUCAAUUGAAUGGAAUUUUCAUCAACAAUUGAUGAGUCCGAUAAGCGAUUUAAACACACCGACAACGCCUUUUACACAUCAUACAGUGACGAAUACAACCGAUACUGAAGACUUUGGCACCGAUACUGGAUUCUUUAGUUCAGCAUCACUAUCUUCAUCAAAACGUUCUUCAAUCGUUGAUUUAGAUCUUAUUAUCUCUAGUCUUCCAUUGAAUUCUUUGUCAUCAAAUAAGUUUUCAAAUUCUGCAUCAAUGAGCCAUGUUACAGACCAUGAUGAUGGUGAAUCAUUUUUAAAUGAUGAUGUGGCUGAGGAAUCAGAUGAAAUGACUAUUCUCAAAAUGACUGAUGAUUUUGAGGAUUUUUCUCGUGAUCAAGAUUCGAUAUCUGCAUCAUUAGAGGAUCUGGUUAAUUCGUUUGAUGAAAAAGUUAAAAAUUGUUUGAAAAAUUAUGAUGAAAACGUCGACAAACUCGCUCCCGUUCAGAUGCGAACAUUAGAUGAAGUCAUCCAAAAUAGACCUGCUUGGUGGACAUUAACCGGAAAUUAUGGAGGCAUUCUUCCGAUCGAUUGGGAGAAACUAUCUCCUGAAGAUCAAAUCAAUGAAUCAAUAACAACGAUUAUUAAUGAUGAGUCUGAUAUAGAUGAAGAUGAUGGCGAUUCAAAACUGAAAGAAUUGAUAGAUUCAUGUUUGGAAAUAGAACAAGGACAGCAAGAUUCAAUUAAAACGGCUGAACAAGUUUUAAAAGAAAUUGAUGACAUCAUCACGGGAAAAUCUUUCCAGCAAAUUAUGAAUUGCAACUUGGAUUCGAAUUCUCAUUGCAGUUCUUCACCACGAUGUUCAAGAUCAUCAUCAAUUGCAUCGUUUGAUUAUAUACCAGUGAUUCUUCGUUCGACAUUCUAUCGAUUCUCGUUGGACAAACUGAAAACAUUCUCAUUGGAUCAAUUACAAGAUUUAUAUGAAGAUCUGGAAGGAAAAACGCAAAAACAUUCACAAGAAUUAAUUAAUCGUCUUGCUGAACGCGAUGAACUUGAAUAUGAGAAAGAAUUAAAAAGUGCUUUUCUUUCAUUGUUGGUCAAAAUUCAAAAACGUCGUAAAGAUUUUUAUAAGAAAUAUGGUAAUAAUCAGCAACAAGCGCAACGAUAUCGGAAACAUCGUUAUCUGACCACUGUCAUACCUUAUUGCAAAGAUAUGAAAUUCACUAAGAAUAUUCAAGCAUUACAAACAUUAAUUAAAAUUCUUAAAGCAAUGUUGGACGAUUCGCCGGCUGUACCUGCCUUGCUGACUGAUUAUAUUUUGAAAUUCAUCUGCCCAUCAGAUUUGAACCAGAAUGAAAAUGAUCAUUAUCAUCAGAACAUACGGCCAAAAUCAUCACCGCAAAUUUCACAGAUGAUAAUAAAGAAUAAAAAGAAUGAUUCGGUGAAUUUUUCAAGAUUUCUGAAUCAUACUUUUCGUGCAGCAUCGCUUAGAUCCUUUUCAUUUCGUGAUUCAGUUUUCGGGGAUGGAUAUGUUGCAACAAAAACAACAAAUACAAUGGCGGCCCAAGAUCUAGUCGAUAAUUACGAAAAAAGUCGAUCAACAUUGUUAACUAAUAUUCUUGACAACGCAACCUCAAACCCGGCUUCCGUAAUUUUAGCUUGACUUCAAUAUUGAAAAAAUACAUUCUUUUCACAAAUCA